GACAAAACCGUCUUCUUUUUUCCUGUUUUUCUUUCUUUCUUUCUUCUUUCUGUCCACAGUGUUCUUUCAGUUCAGAGUUUCAAAACCAAGAACCAAGAUUGUGUCUUUUUUUUUUUUUGGCAGCCUUUGUUUAGGACAACCUUAACCCUAAAUUUGUUCUUAAUCUCCUGAGAAAUCACUUGGGGGUACUAAAAAAAGAGGGAAAAAAAACAUAACUUUAGGAAAAUCCUACUUGGAACCUUCUUGUUCCACCUCAGAUUCAGGUACACAGGAUCUAUCUAGUCUUUAAUUGAGCACACCAUUUCUGGAUUAUUCGCGUGGAUACCCGCAUAUACAAUUGAUUGACCCAAUGGGAACUGGGGAAGAGAGCACUCCUACAAAGACUUCAAAGCCGGCUUUAACUCAGGAAACACCAACCGCACCUUCAUAUCCGGAUUGGUCAAGCUCUAUGCAGGCGUAUUAUAGUGCUGGAGCGACUCCUCCCUUCUUUGCCUCACCUGUUCCUUCUCCUGCUCCCCACCCAUACAUGUGGGGAGGUCAGCAUCCUCUUAUGCCUCCUUAUGGGACUCCGGUUCCAUAUCCAGCUUUAUAUCCUCCUGCUGGAGUUUAUUCUCAUCCUAACAUUGCCAUGCCGACUCCAAAUACUGUGCCGGCAAAUCCUGAAACAGAUGGGAAGGGGCCUGAAGGAAAGGACCGGAAUUCAAGCAAAAAGUUAAAGGCCUGUUCUCGUGGCAAGGCAGGAGACAAUGGGAAAGUUACUUCGGGUUCUGGAAAUGAUGGUGCCACGCAAAGUGAUGAAAGCAGAAGUGAAGGUACAUCAGAUACAAAUGAUGAAAAUGAUAACCAUGAAUUUUCUGCAAGUAAGAAGGGAAGCUUUGAUCAAAUGCUUGCAGACGGAGCCAGUGCACAGAAUAAUCCUGCAACAGAGAAUUACCCGACUUCUAUACAUGGAAAUCCUGUCACAGUGCCUGCAACUAACCUAAAUAUUGGAAUGGACGUGUGGAAUGCAUCAGCUGCCGGUCCUGGAGCGAUCAAAAUACAGCCAAAUGCGACUGGUCCAGUUAUAGGACAUGAAGGAAGUCAGUGGAUUCAGGACGAACGUGAACUUAAAAGGCAAAAGAGAAAGCAAUCUAAUAGGGAGUCAGCUAGGAGGUCAAGGCUACGCAAGCAGGCAGAGUGUGAAGAGCUACAACGUAGAGUAGAAGCUUUGAGCCAUGAGAAUCAUUCACUCAAAGAUGAGCUUCUACAGCUCUCUGAGGAAUGUGAGAAGCUUACCUCGGAGAAUAACUCAAUAAAGGAAGAGUUAACGCGACUUUGCGGACCAGACGCUGUGUCUAAGCUAGAGGGGAACGGUAAUGCUGCACAUGUUCAAUCUAAUGUUGAGAAAGCUAGUUGAGGAGAACUGGAAAAGCCAGGUCUGAGUAGGUGAUAUUAGUUACAAAGUGCUCACAAAUCUUGAGGAGCCUAAAGAAUUAAUUGACUUCUAGGUGCAGCAGAAUGAGAAAUGUUUGUUGUCCUACUAACCUAUACCCCCUUUCUGCGUAUGACUGUAACAUAUACUAUUUGUCAAUUCUAACACCAGUGUUGAGUCUCUGUGUUUUUAAUUUAACUACAAUAACUGGAUUGUAAACUCACAAGUCUGUUGGAAUUUUACCUUGGUGUUAUCCUUUUCCUGGUA